GUGUCCAAGAAGCACCACAUUUAACGGAUCUAUGUUAACCAGAUCUAUAUUACACAGAAUACAUGAGGUUUCUCAUCUUGUUCGUAUGUUCCGGUUUAAUUUCAUGAUCAUGAUAUCCCUACAUUUCCCAGAAAUCCCUGGACUCCUUUCGACCAUGUGGCAGACGUUGGGGCAGAUCAACAGCCACCACUGCGUCUCCACGGCAACAGGCAGAAGUGACAGCUAUGCUCCUUAUCACCACCACUCAGCGACCAAUCAGGACAGAGAUUUCAGCCCUCAGAUGCAGCAAGAGGCCUUGAGCGUAGAGCUGUCAGGGUCCUGGGGUCCGCUGGGCUCCGACGAGGAGGACAGACCAGGGGCCAACAUGGUCCUGGGGAAUCACAUGGGAGAGGAGGGGCACCUCUGUAGCCAGACUGACAUGGAGGAGCUGAGGAGGAGCCAGUGUUCCAUCAGAGACACACCUGGACAGGUGAGCCCGGUGGAGGUGUUUGCAGGCUCUGGCGUGCUCUGUGAUUUUCGGUGUUGGCAGGCAGCCAAUCAGGCGCAGUCUCCCACUGCGAUGGCUCGGACACUGUUGCUGGGUGUGUUUGAUAUGAACACGCUGAUGAACAGUAACCUGAGGGGUGGGCGGAGCCGCCGGCCCGCCUUCCACCCGCAACGCAGUGCACUCGACCCGCACAAGAUCAACGCCAUCUUCAAUGCCAUCUUGGCUCGGUUUCCUCUCGCUAAGAAAGGAGUCAUUGGUUCAGGCAUCAACUCCAAACUGUCUGAGAUCCGAUUCCGUUCCCGCAGAGCCAAUCCAGACGCCCAGUUCCUCUGACAGACAGCUGGCCCGCCUACCUCACUGAAACCACAUUUACUUAUCUGAAGAAAAAAAAUGAAAACGAGUUUUAAUUAUAUUUUCCUGCAAAAACAAAAACUGAUUUAAAGUUGAGUUUGAAAUAAACUCAU